AUGGCAAAAUAAGUGAUUUACAUCAUUACCUUAACUCUGCUUUUAGCGAUUUAAUGUCUUGCUUUUGUUAACAUCAGAGGUUUUAACUAAUUUGAGGAUGUUUCAUAAUGCAAAUUACAUUGCUCAGAUAUUAUUGAUUAAGUCAUACCUGGUGCUAUUUUAGGUAUAAACUAUAAAUAUGGUGGUUUAAACUAUAAAGAAUUACAAAAUUGGUUUUUGACAUACAAUAUUAACUAUUGCUGUGAAUAAUAGAAAACAUACGAUUUCCUAAAUGGAAUGAUAGUACCUGACUUCAUUGAGGUGGAAAAAGCUAAUUUUGCCGAUUUGGAAAAAAUUACUUCAAAUAUAACCCCUAAUCUUAAAAACGAGAAGUAAUAUAAAUACUAAAUAAAUAUUGUUCAUGAAUUCUAAAGAAGAGCUCUUAAUAUUUAUGUUGAUAAGAGUUAAUUCCGCGUUAAUAUGACAACAAUAGAGUAAAUAGUUCCUGAUUUAAACAAAUGUGACACAAGCUAUAAUCUAGAUAAUAAAUGCUGGUUAUCAGCUGUUAGUAGCAUAGGAUAAUAUGCCUUUGAUAAAUUAACAUUAGGUAGCUAUCAAAAGGUUAAUUUAACCAUAUAAACAAAUUCAAAAUAUGAUUAAGAAGAAGCUAUUUAAAUUUACAAAUCAUAUAUUGCUAAAAAUGGUCUUAAGCAAAUUAAUCAGGCAUUUAAAAGCAGUGAAAAUCCUUCAGUCACAAUUAAUUAUUAUGGAUGUAUCGAUUUAUUAUCAAGCAAAAAUUGGAAUGACUUCAUCAAUAAUCUCAGUGCUAAGUAUUAUAUUUAUGGAAUAGAUUCGAUUUCUCAAGAAAGUAAAUUACAAUCAAGUGUUAUAGAUUCAUAUCAUCUUUUUGAUAAAGAAUCUCCAGAAAUAUAUUAAUGUGCUGAAAAGGUAUAUUAAAUUGUUUAUAAAUGA